UUUUUGUCAUUUAUUGCUGGGAUUUUUUUUGAUCAUACCACAAAAAUGACGGCUCCACCUGCUGCCCUCCUUAAUAAAAACAAGAAAAACUUCAUUGGCAUGCCAGCGCCAUUAGGAUAUGUUGCAGGUGUUGGCAGGGGGAUGUGACUUCAGUAAGCAGCUAACACCCAGGGACCUACUUACUUCUAGGUGAACAGGGCAGCAUGUGUAAGAAAAAAUGCCCAGUUUUUUCAGGUGUUCAGGCACUGAACCCUGGUGUAGCAACAGGAUUCACCACUCGUUCUGAUAUUGGUCCUGCACGUGAUGCCAAUGAUGUCUCAGAUGAUCGACAUGCACCACCUAGCAAGCGCAAGAAAAAAGAUGAUGAUGAUGAUGAAGAUCUCAAUGAUGCCAAUUAUGAUGAGUUCAAUGGAUAUGGAGGAUCUCUAUGUAGCAAAGAUCCUUAUGACAAAGAUGAUGAAGAGGCAGAUGCCAUUUAUGAUGAAAUCGACAAACGCAUGGAUGAGAAGAGAAGAGAAUAUCGUGAACAGCGCUUGAAAGCAGAACUUGAGAAUUAUCGUCAGGAGCGCCCAAAGAUCCAACAGAUGUUCACUGACCUUAAACGAGAAUUAGCAAAUGUAUCGGAAGAUGAGUGGAGCACAAUUCCAGAAGUAGGUGAUGCCAGGAACAGGAAGCAGCGUAAUCCAAGAUCCGAAAGAUUUACACCCCUACCUGAUAGCGUUCUUUCUCAUAACCUAGGAGGGGAGAAUGUAACUACAAUUGAUCCAGGCUCAGGACUUGCUUCUAUGAUGCCAGGGACUUCAACCCCUGGAAUGCUUACCCCAAGUGGUGACCUUGAUUUACGUAAAAUUGGUCAAGCACGAAACACUUUAAUGGGAAUGAGAUUGAACCAAGUGUCAGAUGCUGUUGGUGGUCAAACAGUAGUGGAUCCCAAGGGUUAUCUGACUGACCUUCAAAGUAUGAUCCCACAAUAUGGAGGUGAUAUAAAUGAUGUAAAGAAGGCAAGAUUGCUGCUGAAAUCUGUUCGAGAAACAAAUCCUAACCAUCCACCUGCUUGGAUUGCUUCAGCACGUCUUGAAGAGGUGACAGGCAAGAUUCAAUCUGCUCGUAAUCUCAUUAUGAAAGGGUGCGAAAUGUGUCCGAAAUCAGAAGAUGUAUGGCUGGAAGCAGCUCGACUGCAACCUCCAGAUAUGGCUCGGGCUGUGAUUGCUCAAGCUGUCCAGACAUUACCACACUCACCCAGAAUAUGGAUUAAAGCCGCUGAUCUGGAAUUAGAGUUAAAGGCAAAGAAAAGAGUUUAUCGAAAGGCUCUGGAACAGAUCCCAAAUUCUGAGCUUUUGUGGAAAUUGGCUGUGGAACUGGAAGAGGAGGAGGAUGCUAAGAUUCUUUUAAGCAGAGCUGUUGAAUGCUGCCCUACAUCAGUAGAUCUCUGGUUAGCUUUAGCCCGAUUAGAAGUUUAUGAAAAUGCCAGGAAAGUCCUUAACAAAGCACGUGAAAAUAACCCUAAAGAUCGUCAAAUUUGGAUUACUGCAGCAAAGCUUGAGGAAGCAAAUGGCAAUAAUACCUUAGUUGGCAAGAUUAUUGAGCGUGCUAUCUCCACACUGCAAGCCAACAUGGUUGAUAUUAAUCGAGAUUUUUGGAUCAAGGAUGCCAUGGAAGCCGAGCAUGCAGGGGCUGUCCUGACUUGCCAGUCAAUCAUCAAAAAUAUAAUUGGUUAUGGAGUUGAAGAUGAAGAUCGGAAGCACGCAUGGAUGGAAGAUGCUGACAGCUGUGCUAGCCAGGGUGCCUUUGAGUGUGCCCGUGCCAUAUAUAGCCAUGCACUUUCUGUAUACCCAAAGAAAAAAUCUGUUUGGCUAGCUGCUGCUCACUUUGAGCGUAGCCAUGGGACAAGGGAAUCAUUAGAAACACUACUGCAGCAGGCUGUAACACAUUGUCCUCAAGAGGAAACACUCUGGCUUAUGGGUGCUAAAUCAAAAUGGCUUGCUGGAGAUGUUCCAGCAGCUCGGUCCAUCCUUGCACUAGCAUUCAAGGCUAAUCCAAACUCUGAAGAAAUUUGGUUGGCAGCUGUCAAACUGGAGUCUGAGAAUAACGAAUAUGAACGUGCACGGCGUUUACUUUCGAAGGCUCGCUCACAGGCAGCCACUGCCAAGGUGAUGAUGAAGUCUGCUCAUUUGGAAUGGGCAUUGGGUAAUUUGGAAUUAGCCAAAACAUUGCUGGAUGAAGGUAUCAAAGAGGUAGGUGACUUUGCUAAAUUAUGGAUGAUGAAAGGUCAGAUCUUAGAACAACAAGGUAAGAAAGAUGUUGCAUGGGAAGUUUAUAGGGAUGCUGUUAAACGAUGCCAAUCCUCAAUUCCUCUCUGGAGGCUACUUGCAACUUUAGAGGAACAGCAAGGUAAAUUAGUUACAGCAAGAGCCACGCUAGAGAAAUCGAGAGUUCGUAAUCCAAUGAAUGAUGAGUUGUGGUUGAUGGCAAUUCGUCUAGAGCUUAGAGCUGGUCAGCGUGAGGUGAGUCGGUCAUUAAUAGCACGUGCGCUUCAAGAGUGUCCUUCAUCUGGCAUCCUGUGGGCCCAAGCUAUAUUCUUGGAGGACCCAGCACAGAGAAAGAGUCGCAGUGUAGAUGCUUUGAAGCGUUGCCAGGAUGAUGCGCAUGUUGUUCUAGCAGUUGCAAAAAUGUUCUGGAUAGAGGGUAAAAAGAACAAGGCCCGGGAAUGGUUUAAUAAAACAGUUAAAAUUGAUCCUGAUCUGGGUGAUGCUUGGGCAUGGUAUUACAAAAUGGAACUAUUAUUUGGCUCAGAAGAGCAACAGCAUGAAGUGAGGAAAAGGUGCAUGGCAGCAGAUCCACGCCAUGGUGAGCAUUGGUGCGCAGUUUCUAAACAUAUUUAUAACUGGAGAAAAAAGACCCCAGAAAUUCUUCAACUAGUAGCAGAUAGACUUCCCAUUCCUGUGACUAGCAGAGAAGUUUACUGAGAUGAACUUUUUAAAUAAUAUGUCACAUUUUCUUUUAUAUAAAUUUGGGUGAUUUUUCCCUUUAAAAUUGUACGGUGUGAGAUUUUGUUAUUCACCAUUUCAUUUUAUCGCUUGUUUCACCUCAUAAUUAGUAAAUUAAAACAGCGCUGUAUGACCUUAGUGGGUUUAGCGCUUCUUUUCAAUCAUAAUAAUAUUAAAUUAAUGACUUGUAAAGUUUUACAUAGAGCAGUACAUCCUCACUACAUAAAUUUGCAUAAUGUAUCAAGUUUAACAGGUGGGGCUCAAACCCAUGGCAAGUUAGUCUUCAACCGGGCAGGCCCAGUGUUCGCUGGCUCAUGAAUUUGAAGACUGGUUUGCCGUGGGUUCCAGCCCCACCCAGUCUGCAAUAUUUUUUGUCAUGUUAUUAUGAUUUUGAGUGUCAAGAUUUCCAUUAUGUGUUGGUAAAUAAUAACUUGCGAAAUUGUAGCGACACGAUUGCAAACAAACCAUACCACGGGUGGGGCUUGAACUUGCGGUCAGAGAGUUGUAAAACUCCAGACCAGCCAGUGGAUAAUGCGUCGGUCUGGAGUUUUAAGACUCUCUGACCGUAAGUUCAAGCCCCACCCGUGGUAUGGUUUGGUAAAUAAUAUUUUGGUAAAAUAAUAAUCUUACUUAAUUAUGUUUUCUUUGUAAUGCAGAAUGAGCAUUUAUAUGUGGAGCAUCUUGUAUAAACUAAGAUAAAAAUAAGUGACUUAUGGAAUUAAGA